GGAGCCAAAUCUUGAAUCUUUAACUCCGUACAAGACCAGUUAUGGAAAUAGAACAACAAAACAUUGGAAACAGCGGAUCCAUUAAUGUGGGCGAAAGAGAAAUUUAUGGAAUAAAUCAAGGGUUUGGUUACUCAUUGGAUCGUGUAGCUACAGAUUAUUAAAUGAAAGAUGUUCAAAAAGUUCAGCCUUCUAAGUCUCAAGCUCUCACUACAAUCACUAGGAUUCCAUGGAUCAUUAAGCCUCUUUGGGGCAUUCUCACUGAUGUUGUUCCUAUCAUUGGUUUCCAUAUACGCCCUUACUUCAUUUUAGCCGGGGUGUUUGGAGUGGUUUCUUUAUUGUUCAUAUCCCUUCGUAGUAAUCUACACCUUUACUUGGCACUGUUGUGGAUGACAAUAUCAAGUGCUGCAAUGGCGAUUGCGGAUGUAACUAUUGAUGCUUGCACUGCGUACAAUAGUAUCAAACACCCUUCUCUUGCAUCGGAUAUGCAGACCUUAUGCCUCUUAAUCUCCUCCAUUGGAGCACUUCUUGGUUUCUUCAUGAGUGGCAUCUUAGUUCAUCUUGUUGGCUCCAAGGGCGUGUUCGGUUUGUUGACAUUCCCGUUCGCAUUAGUAUCGGUAGUCGGGAUUGUGUUUAGUGAGCCCCAUGUUCAUGGGAAAGCGAUGUGGAGGACAAUGAAGUGCUCAGAUGUGUGGCGGCCGAGUCUGUAUAUGUACAUUUCCCUUGUUUUUGGUUUUGACAUUCAAGGUCUUUUCUAUUGGUUCACAGAUUCAAAGGAUGGUCCUUUGUUUGCUCAGGAAACGGUUGGUUUCAUUCUCUCAAUUGGUCCAAUAGGGUCGAUUCUAGGAGUAUUGUUGUACAAUUUAGUCCUAAAGGAUCAUCCGUUCCGUAGCCUAUUUUCGUGGACUCAACUUCUCUUUGCUUUAUCCGGAAUGUUUGACCUCAUUCUUGUGCUACGUCUCAACUUAAAAUUUGGUUUACCGGAUUAUCUAUUCAUAGUAGUGGACGAGAUAGUUUCGCAGAUGAUCGAACGCCUAAAAUGGAUGUCGCUGCUCGUCCUCAAUACAAAGCUUUGUCCUCACGGAAUCGAAGGGACUUUUUUUGUGUUGCUAAUGUCAAUUGACAAUGCCGACCUCAUGACCUCGUCUUGGCUCGGAGGAAUAUUGUUGCAUGUCCUCAAGGUGACUCGGACUGAGUUUGGUAACCUCUGGCUUGCGGUUUUGUUCAGACCAAACCCAUAUCAAAAGUUUCAACAUUUGAGCUCAAACCAGAGCCAAAUCUUGAAUCUUCCCCUAGAACCAGUUAUGGUAGUAGAAGAAGAGCAAAACCUUGAAAACGGUGGAUCCGUACAUGUGGUCAAAGGAGAAAGUAAUUUCCGUAAUGUGGUGUGUGGUCCUGUGCGGUGGCUAAAGAUGUUGUCUUCAGAGCUUCAUUGGAGCUUUGUGUUUGGUGUGGUCUCACUGUACGGUAUAAACCAAGGGCUUGGUGGCUCAUUGGGUCGUGUUGCUACAGAGUAUUAUAUGAAAGAUGUUCAAAAAGUUCAACCUUCUGAAUCUCAAGCUCUCACUGCAAUCACUAAGAUUCCAUGGAUCAUUAAACCUCUUUGGGGCAUUCUCACUGAUGUUCUUCCUAUCUUUGGUUUCCAUAGACGUCCUUACUUCAUUUUAGCCGGGGUGCUUGGAGUGGUAUCAUUGUUGUUUAUUUCACUGCAUAGUAAUCUACACCUUUACUUGGCACUGUUGUGGAUGACAAUAUCAAGUGCUGCAAUGGCGAUUGCCGAUGUAACCAUUGAUGCUUGCACUGCUUACAAUAGUAUCAAACACCCUUCUCUUGCAUCUGAUAUGCAGAGUUUGUGUAGUUUAAGCUCCUCCAUUGGAGCACUUCUUGGUUUCUUUAUGAGUGGAAUCUUAGUUCAUAUUGUUGGCUCUAAGGGCGUGUUCGGCUUGUUGACAUUCCCAUUCGCAUUAGUAUCGGUAGUCGGGAUUGUGUUUAGUGAGCCCCAUGUUCCUGGUUUUUCUUACAAACAGGUAAACCAGAAAUUUACCGAUGCAGGGAAAGCGAUGUGGAGGACCAUGAAAUGCUCAGAUGUGUGGCGGCCGAGUUUGUAUAUGUACAUUUCCCUUACUCUUGGUUUGAACAUUCAUGAAGGUCUCUUCUAUUGGUUCACGGAUUCGAAGGAUGGUCCUUUGUUUGCUCAGGAAACGGUUGGUUUCAUUCUCUCAAUUGGUUCAAUCGGAUCAAUUCUAGGAGCAACGCUGUACCAACUAGUCCUAAAGGAUCAUCCGUUCCGUGGCCUUUGUUUGUGGACUCAACUUCUCUUUGCUUUAUCCGGAAUGCUUGACCUCAUUCUUGUGCUACGUCUCAACUUAAAAUUUGGUUUACCAGAUUAUCUCUUCAUAGUAGUGGACGAGAUAGUUUCUCAGAUGAUUGGACGCCUGAAAUGGAUGCCACUACUCGUCCUCACUUCAAAGCUUUGUCCUCACGGAAUUGAAGGGACGUUCUUUGCAUUGCUAAUGUCAAUUGACAAUGCAGGCCUCAUGACCUCGUCUUGGCUAGGAGGAAUAUUGUUGCACGUCCUUAAGGUGACUCGGACCGAGUUUGGUAACCUCUGGCUAGCGGUUUUGGUCAGAAAUGUCAUGAGACUUUUGCCGCUCUGUUUUCUGUUUCUUGUGCCCAAAGGUGAUCAGAACACGUUCAAGCUCCCGGAUGAGAUAAUGGGAGAAGAAUCAGAAGAUUCAGAAGACGAAAAAGAAGGAACUCGGAAUUUGGAAUUGGCAUCUCUUGUUCAGGCUGUUGAUAGAAGAUAGCAACAGUAUUCUCUUAUUAUAGUGUUUGAAGCAAAUGCUUCAGUUUUUCCAGCAGUUUAUACGAACUUCACUUGUACUGCUGCAAAGAGCAAUUUUACUGAAUACAUAGUUUGUGUUUUU